AGAGUGUACACGCCUCUGGCCAGUGCAGAAGAGAGGGCUAUGGCUGAAGCCUGAGAAGGAUAUCCAUAUGCCGAUAGCGUACUUUCUCGCUAUCAAAGGCUUGCUGCAUACAAGGAAGAUCCCACCAGCACUGACCAGUAUCUAGCCAUCCUUCGUUGGCGACGGUUAGGAGUGAGGCCUACAUGAGGCCCCGGAGUCUGGAGUAGCAGAAGUUAUAGUUGCCCAUUCCAUGGUGAUGAUGAUAACCGGGUGGAGUGGGAAGCCCAGUACCUGUUAAAGUGACAAAUUUUCAGGCAAAGGCAGCAAGAAUAGCAGCGAAAACUAGGCGCGGCUACGGCUGUUGUUAUCACCAUGACUUUGAGCCCUCGAAAGAAAAGGGAGUCGAGCCCGAGGCAGCUGGAAGCGGGUUGUGAUAUCGAGCUGCAACAGGCUGUGUCAGCCCUCCAUUGGGACGGUGGAUGCUGUACUCGUCGUCAUCUGAGAAUACUCCGCCCGGUAGUUAACUACUUAGUUACGUGUAGUUAAUCAGCUAACUAGUUAACUGCCUUGAUUGCACACACGUUUCAGUAGAGCAGAGCCAUCCACGGCUCUCGGAGCAGCAGGGCAUCGACACUGUGCACUCAGUGCUGUCUGUUGCCAGUUUCCCCCUAUCUUGCGUCAACCAACUAGUUGUUAACCAUUAGUAAUCCCUGAUUUCAAAGCAAUCACAUCAUCUUUGCUGGUUCGUCGGUUUUCGGUUUUCUCUUCCUUUCCGCGGCCGCCGUCUGAAGCCUUAUAUAAAGCUAUACAGCAGUCGCAUACUCUUGCGCUGAUUUUAUUCUAUGCUAUCAUUUCAAAUCCCCUCUUAUCUGCCUAUCAAUUUGCUUUUUGUUCUGUAACUUGAGGGGCCGCUGCAUUCAAAGGAGUCGGCUAGUUACUCGUGUUAUAAAGCCAUUGUACUACGAAUCUACUUUGGACAUACGGAGCGGGAAAGCGCAACAAUGGGCGAUUCUGAUAUCGAUACCAAAAACAUUUCAAACACGCCGGCUCCUGACAUCAGCUAUUUCACCCCGUAUCAGAAUCCUCCGGCAGGCCAGGCGGCGAACCCUCAGAGUAAUGGCUCGGCCCCGCCAAAGCUCUUCCAGCCGCUAAAGAUAAGAGGGCUGACUCUUCAUAAUCGCAUCGGGCUUGCGCCUCUCUGUCAAUAUUCAUCGCCAGAUGGCCAUCUUACCGACUGGCACAUGGCUCACCUUGGCAGCAUUGCGAUCCACGGAGCUGGCUUUGUGAUGGUAGAGGCCACAUCUGUCCUCCCAGAAGGGCGGAUCACCCCUGAAGAUUCUGGGCUAUGGAAGGACUCUCAGAUUGAGCCUCUAAAGCGGGUCGUCGAGUUUGUUCACAGCCAGAGCCAGGUUAUUGGCAUCCAACUUGGCCAUGCUGGCCGCAAAGCCAGCACGUUUGCUCCCUGGCUCUCAUCUGGCGACCUCGCCCCUGAAAAUGUGGGUGGCUGGCCAGAUAAUAUUAAGGGGCCAAGUGAUAUUCCUUGGGGUCCGCGAGUAGGGAAGCCGAAGGCCAUGACAAAGGCAGAUAUUGAAGAAUUCAAGGAGGCCUUUGGUGCAUCCGUGCGUCGUGCUGUGACUGCCGGCGUCGACUUUAUUGAAAUCCACAAUGCCCACGGAUAUCUACUGUCGUCAUUCUUGUCCCCAACCUCAAAUAACCGAACUGAUGAGUACGGUGGUUCGUUUGAGAACCGAAUACGCCUCACCAACGAGAUCGUCGACAUUUGUCGCAAAAAUAUGCCCGAAGACAUGCCUCUGUUUCUCCGUGUCUCAUCUACCGAGUGGCUCGAAGAGUCCCGGCCCGACUUACCCAGCUGGACUGUGGAGGACACAGUUCGCUUUGCCGAGGUACUGGCUGAAGGCGGCAAGGUUGACUUCAUCGACAUCAGCUCUGGCGGUAAUCACCCAGACCAAAAAGUGAGGGGCGCACUACCUGGCGUGCCUUAUCAUGCUCCGAUGGCAAAGGCCGUCAAGAAAGCUGUUGGUGAUCGGAUGCUCGUGGGCGUUGUCGGAAACAUCACCACUGGCACAACUGCUAACCGGCUAUUGGAGGAAGAUGGCCUGGAUUACGCUCUCGUUGGUCGCUGGUUUCAAAAGCACCCUUCACUGGUAUGGUCUUUUGCCGAAGAGCUGGGGGUUGACCAUAAAGUUGCUAACCAAAUGUCAUGGCCCUUUGGAGGAAGAGGCUCUACUACAUAUUUGAAAGCUGCACAGAAGAAUUAGAUCCUAUUUUGUUUCUGGAACGGAGGCUACAUUAGAUUGAGUAUAUAGAUAGCUAGACUAAGUAUUGGCUGAUAAAUAGAGUGAUGUAUCAAUGAACUUUUAACCAUCAACUCUCAUUCAAAUCAUCCUAAAUAAUUUUACGGAGUAUUCAUUCGUCCUUCAAUAAUAGAGCCAAAGCUUUGUCUUCGCUUCCUGCAAAAAGA